AUGGCAGACGCUAUCAGGCCUAUAGAGCCGGACACCAUUCUAACGGCACAGCUACUCCCCAACGACGAAGCGGAACAAGAUCGUCUGGAUAUGGUGCACCACAUUUUCCGCCUAGCAUUACGCGGUGAGCUAUUCUUGACAAAGCUGGAUAGUUCUCAGCAGAUCUUGGACGUGGGAGCCGGGACGGGUAUUCGGGCGAUUGAAAGUGAGCACUUCCAUGUAUCGAUGGGCACAAAGGGCCCUCUUAAUAUGGAAAACGCUAACGAGGAACGUGCUCUCGAAAUACAGCCGGCGAUAUGCAUCCUUCUGUAG